AUCGGAAUUUACUUUUAUUUCGAGACGAACAGAAAUAUCAACAGAAUAGAAUGUAGAAUUAAAUUGCCGGUUUUAUUUACAUAUUUUAUUAUGUAAUUAGGCUCGCGAUAAGAUAAUUUUGGUUCGUGAUUUAAGCAGUUGAUCAGUUUGGCCCCCUACUGUGGAGUCUGCCCGUGUGAAAGUUCCAUAACAACAUCGCCCAUGUCCCUCAAGAAAGGUGUUCAGUUAGCAGCAAAUACUGAAUUGAAGAUGAGUUUGCUCGGAAAAGUCGUACUUGUAACCGGUGCUAGCUCCGGCAUUGGUUCUGCGACAGCGGUAUUUUUAUCAAAACUGGGGGCUCAACUGUCCUUGACCGGCAGAAAUGUUGAGAAUUUAAAAAAAGUAUGCGAUGAGUGCAAAGAAUCUGAAAAUUCUUCAACUUUCUAUAUUCCCGCGGAUUUGACUAAAGAAGCCGAUAUAGAAAAGAUUGUGAAGAACACGAUCGAUCAUUAUGGAAAAAUCGAUGUGUUGGUCAACAAUGCUGGGAUUCUUGAGACUGGCACCAUUGAGAACACGAGUUUAGCUCAGUACGACCGGCUAAUGAACACCAACGUCCGUUCUAUUUACUAUUUAACAAUGCUGGCAGUCCCACAUUUGAUCAAAUCAAAGGGUAAUAUUGUGAACAUAUCCAGUGUGAAUGGUAUUCGCUCAUUCCCAGGAGUUCUUGCUUACAAUGUGUCUAAAGCUGCAGUGGACCAGUUCACAAGAUGUGUAGCUUUGGAAUUGGCGCCAAAAGGUGUGAGGGUGAACUGCAUAAACCCUGGAGUUAUUCUCACUGAGCUGCAGAAGAGGGGCGGUAUGACUGAAGAGCAAUAUGCGGCCUUCUUGGUGAGGACUAAGGAAACUCAUGCUUUGGGCCGCCCGGGUGAGCCAGAUGAAGUAGCAGCCACUGUUGCAUUCUUGGCAAGUGACCUUGCUAGCAACAUCACAGGGGUCAGUGUGCCUGUAGACGGUGGACGUCAUGCCAUGUGCCCUCGCUAAGCCCAGACAAAGUACAUGAUAACGGAUUGUGCCAAUCAUAUUCUGAAGUGCCUUAAAGUUUUUGAAAUGCAUUUAUAAAACCUUUUUAUUUUCUUUUGUUUUUUAUGCUCAUUUAAAUCAUGAUUUAUAUUUUUAUUAAAAUUGUUUUGAAAAGAUACAA